GCAGAUAAACACGCCCCGCGAGACGGAGAAUGUCGAGGCAAAUGGGCUGCUUCUCCGGACCGACCAUUCAACGAGCAAGUACAGAACACAAUUUUGUCGAGGAUUGACCUUUCUCCAGAUGCAAACAUAAACGAGUGAUUGAAAUUGUGAGUGUUUUCCAUCGGAUUUUUUUUUUUUCUAAAUUUUGUUGACGUGAAGUUCAUUGGGUAGAUGCGACGCACGUCAUUUCUCUCGUCCUGACCGAAUAGCAUUGAGUGAAUAGUGUAUUUUCAUUUGAUGUUGGUCAGAGCAAUAUUCAUCCACGAUGCCCUCUUUACCGCUGUCACGUUAUAAUACCGCGUGAUAUGUUUUAUUUAUGACUCCAAUCAUGAUAAAGGCGGUCGUUAAACACGUCCGUCGGUUCCCGUGGGUCACCAAUGUGACGUUAUACGGUUGCCUGUUCGCGGGGGGCGACUUUGUCCACCAAUGGUUUUCACAACGGGACCAAAUGGAUUGGAGACAUACGCGGAAUGUCGCCGUGGUCGCUUUCAGUUUCCAUGGCAACUUCAAUUUCUUUUGGAUGCGCUUUCUGGAGCGCAGAUUCCCGGGGAAUUCUGCCGGGAUGGUGCUGAGGAAGCUGAUUCUGGAUCAGACCACGGCUGCGCCCUUGGCCACAAGCGUCUUCUACACAGGUGUCAGUUUCUUAGAGGGCAAAGAAGAUAUCAUGGAAGACUGGAGAGACAAAUUCCUUAACACUUAUAAGACUGGACUAAUGUUCUGGCCGUUCAUGCAGUUUCUGAACUUUGCCUUGGUGCCUCCGUUUGUGCGGACCACCUUCAGUGGCUGCUGUGCCUUCGUGUGGGCCACCUUCUUGUGCUUCUCGCGUCAAAGUGGUGACGGCACCGCUGGUGCGGCACUUGCAUGGAUGUUCCCCUCCAAAGAGGACGCAGUGGAGAAGACAGACAAUGUUAAACGGAAGCAACUUACCUCUCAAGAUGCAGCGGUAAAUCCUCCAUCUAAACACAAGUGACAUAUCAGAAGAAGGUGGGAGUUAUGGAGGGAGUAGAGAGCAGCUAAUGAAUCACUCAGGGGUCAGUGUUAUGCUAAUUUACAAAAUAUACUUAUUGACUGCAACAUAAGACACAAUGAUGUGGCCAGUGAGUUUAUUAUCAGAAGGUGCUCCUUAAUAGUUUUUUAAUGAUAGGAGGCUGUUAUUCAUUUGCCGUCUUCUACAAACAAUUAAGAAUGAUCAUGUUUUCAUUUUCAUUACAUCGAUAAUGAUUCUUUCUCAGUCUCAGACAUAGGAGUAUAUAGUGUUUAUCAAGAAUGCCAUUACUUGCAGUACUAAUAUGAGGUAAAAUCACUACUAGACAAUUGUUUCAAUCAUACAAUGGCUUUUUAAAUAUGAAAAUAACAUAUCUUCUGUUUCUGUCCUGCUGCCUGAUAACCUGAUUUUUAGUUUCUGUGCUCAUAAAAAGCUGCUGCUCACUAAAAUAACCAGACAAUGUUUUUUGGGGGGAGGUAUUAGUUUUUUUAGUGUCUUCACUUCUAAAACAAGAAGGGUCAGGUUGUGAAAAUGCAAUUGGUGGUAGCUAUCUUUCUAAACAGUAGGGGGAGCCCACAACAGGCUGUCUAUAUGAACUGACCUUCUUUUGAGUGUGUCUCAGUUUCUGAAGCUGCCACAUGCAAACGGGACUUUUAUUGAGCCACUGAAAAUGAAAACUUGUGAAACACGUGAUAUUGUUUUGAAAUGGUUGGUGCGAAUAUCACUUUACAUUGGAGCUGCUGCUGGUACCUAAUGGGAGCAGUGCUGAUCCUCUUUAUACUGUAAACCUAUAGACACUAUGUGUAAUUGCUUCCAUUAUUUACAAUUUAACAAUUUUGUUAAUGCAAUGACAGUGUGAAUUGGAUAGAGAUGUCUAACACCCUGUUCAAAUGCGAGAGUUCCUUUUUAAUAUAAAAAAUGAAGCCAAGAUAUAUAUUUUUCAGAUCUACCAUUAUUUGUGACCUAUAAUCGGAAAAAAAAAACUCACCUAGAAAUUAUCUAUUUUACCGAGGAAAACAAACAACUGACAAGAUGUCGGUCCACAACUCUGCAGACACUCUUAUAUAUGGGUAUUUUGCUGUCUUUAGAAUUGACUAUUUACCGUACAUUUAAACUCGUAAUAAAUAAGAAUAAGUGCACACCUGCUACCAAAAUGUGCUUUUAAUCGUGUUUAUAUUUCUCACAACAAUGUACAAUCAUGGAGUUGCGUAUCAUCAAUACGUUUUGGUACAGGAUGCAAUAUAAUAAGCACAGUGUCUGCUUACAGUGUAUGUAUACACAAACAAAGCGAUAUGUAAAUAUCCACACGCAUAUACUCUAUGUACUGUAUCAAUGAACAUAUAAAUAGAAAUACAUCCACUUCUUGAAUUUGCAAAAACAAGGUCCUUUUUGCUUUGUAUGAAUGUAACAAUACCGUCUGCACCAUUUCAUUUACCACUUAAAUGUUCAUUUCAAUUGACAUGCUUCCUUAUUGUUUUCAACGCAUGAUAUUUUGACACAGAACCAUUUGUAUGAAAAUCACUUAUUACUAUUAGUCUAUAUCUGUAGACUGUUUAUUACUCAUUUUCAAGCUAAAACUUCUGCAAAAAAAAAAAAAAAAAAACAUUUUUGGGGGGAAUAUAAACCACUCCACGUAAAAGAUUUCUAUUAUAUUACAGAGGAAGAUAGUUUCAACAGUUCUUUUAAUACAGAGUAUAAUGUGAUUCUUUUUUAUUCAACUUGUCUUUUCAACAUGAAGUAAACCUGUGAUUGAUUUUAAUGAAUAUUGAUGGUUAUGACAUAAAACUUAAUUCUCAUUUCUUGCACCAGACACCUUUCAACUGCACUGAAAUGUUGUGUUUUUGUUGUUGUUUUUUGGGGGGUAAUAUUUAUAAAUGAUUAGAUUUGUUGUGAGUUAAUGUUUAACACUGGAAUUAUACAUUCAAAUGAUUGAUAUGUCUGUUUUAUAUCAGCUGUUCUUGCACUGACUACUGGCUUGUGAAACUGCACAUGCUGCAUUGAUUUUGGUACCAGGAAGGUGAUUUUUGAUAGGUAAUGUGGUCUUUUGUCAUAUUUUAUCCUGCUUAAGUUAUUGUGACUGUUAUAUAACAGAUAUGUAAUAUAUAUUAAUCAAUAAAAAUACAUAAUGUACUUCUUUGUGGGAGUCUUUGCAUUGACAAAUUUAGAUAAUGAAAAUUAAUGUUUGAGUCACAAGCUUUAUCCCUGAGCCAAGAGAAACCAAUACUGAAUAAUAUUCUAUAACAAUGCAGCAGAAUAUUAUAUCACUUUUUUUUCAUUUGCGCAAAUCACUUUGUCCUUCGCCGCCAUCAACCAAAACAACAGACUUGUCCUAGACUGUGAGUCGUAUAAUUCUGUUACUUAAUCGGGACGGUACAAUGUAGACUGGUUACAAACAAUCAUUCAAGCAAAAUCUUCAAUAAACCAAAAAUGCAUGGUUUUUAUAAUGAGGGAGGAAGCUAAAGUAUAUAGUGCCUACAGAAAACGCAUAGACAUGCAAACUCCACACUAAAAAUCUAUGUAAGUGCUCAAACCUGCUCAGGAAGUAAAAGAAGGAGCUACAAUUUGGAUAGAAUGAUUGGUUAUCCUCAUUGGCUGCCAUUGAUGUCAGUGACAGCCAGUGAGUUAAUGCAAAAGGGGAUAACAUUUUUGAUCUAUACUUCUAAAACAAUACAUGUACUCAGAAAUUUGCAAUACUGUACUUUAUUUAUAUAAAUGUAUGCAUGUGUUUACAUUUUAAAUGAUCACUUCUACAAUAUUAUUUUAGUGCUUACUGUGAAGUAUGGGGGUGGGUCAGUGAUGCUGUGGGGCUGUUUCGCUUCCAAAGGCCCUGGGAACCUUGUCAGGGUGCAUAGCAUCAUGAAUGCUUUGAAAUACCAGGACAUUUUAAAUCAAAAUCUGUUGCCCUCUGCCCGAAAGCUGAAGAUGGGUCGCCACUGGGUCUUUCUGCAAGACAAUGACCCUAAACAUAUGGCCAAAUCUACACGGAAAUGGUUCACCAAACACAAAAUCAAGCCCCUCCCAUGGCCAUCUCAGUCCCCAGACCUCGAUCCCAUUGAAAACCUGUGGGGUGAGCUGAGGAGGAGAGUACAGAAGAGAGGACCCAGGUCUCUGGAUGAUUUAGAGAGAUUCUGCAAAGAGGAAUGGCUGAAGAUCCCUCUUUCUGUCUUUUCCCAUCUUGUGAAACAUUAUAGGAGAAGAUUAGGUGCUGCUUUGUUGGCAAAAGGGGGUUGUACAAAGUAUUAACACCAGGGGUGCUAAUAAUUGUGACACACAUUAUUUGAUGUCAAAUAAUUAUUUCUUCAUGUGGGAUUUUUUCCCCCACUGAAUAAAUGUACUUGUAUUGAAGGUUGGAUUUUUCUCUUUUUUCCAUUAAGGUCCCAUAUUAUUUAGAAGAAGAAAAAAUAUUAGAAGCUAAACAACACAUUAUUAUUAAUCCAAUAAUUAUGGAGGUCACUGUAU